UCCUUUAGGGUAGUAAUGGCGCACAUAUUCUCCCAAGUACCUAUGUUCUCGCCUACAUAUAUCGAAAAUUGCCGUGAAUUAGUCGCAAGUUGGGGAGGCGCAUUGUUUCUUCCUGCAUCAGGCUUUAUGCAAAGAUGGUACGACAUCGACACUCAGUCUUGUGUCUUGUCGUUGUGUCACUCCUGCUCAUUACGGGUUUGGUCUAUGGACAACGGGCGCGCUGUCCUUCCGCAUGUCGUUGUCAGUCGUCCGGCGACGAACGGGAAGUCACUUGUGACCCACCCACCAGCGACGCCAUCAAUUUCCGGGAUGUCGAUCGUGAUGUGACCGUUCUGCAGGUGACACCACAAAGCGCUGGACGCAACCCGCUCGGCACUCUUCCGGAUGCCUUCGGUAAUUUCGACCGUCUGCAUAGACUUAUUCUGCGGAGUGCCGGAAUACAGCGCAUCUCCAUGGGUGUCGCGCAACGGUUGGGAAAUGUCAACACGCUGGAUCUGGUGGGGAAUGACAUAACCGCCCUACGCGAUUUAUCCUUCGAUGGGUUGAAUAAUGUGCAAGUGUUGCAAUUGGCGAACAAUGGAAUAACCGAUAUUGCGGAUGAUGAUCUACGGAGCCUAAGGAAUUUGGUGUCCGUAUCUUUCUCUAAUAAUAGAAUCCGCAGAAUUUCUGCCGGCGCUUUUGCCAAUCAACCCUAUUUAUCCCAUCUUGAACUGAACGGAAACAGUCUGCAAGAUCUCCCAUCUGCACUGUUUGACAGUGUUAUUAGGCUCGAGCAUCUGGAUCUGCGAAAUAACCAGUUCACCGAAAUACCUCGCGGUAUCCAACGACUUCUUUCCUUACGCGUUCUCCUUUUUGACAACAACCAGUUGACUACCGUUCCCGGGCAGUUAGUCCAAAUCUGGGAGGAUUCCCAAGAUAUGGAGGACGUUUCUUUCCAUAACAACCCACUAAGUUGUCAAGGAUUGGAAGAUCUCAUUUCAUUUUCCCAAAGCCGCGAUGGUUUUAAGAAGGUCUGUGAUAUCGAAGCGACUCGCUACCUGAAUCCCGGCGGUCAGGCGGUCUGUCCCACCUGUGAUGGCAAUAAGCGGAUCGAUCAGCUGACCAAACAGAGCAUGCAGCUCAUCCAGGGCAACCGACCGCGACCGCCUCCCAAGCAGGAUCCGGGAUAUGUAGUCUACCAUGUGGAGGAUCCUGUCCGCGCACCGAAAGACUUCGAUCCGCGACGGGAUACAAAGCGCCCGCCAAUUUCCAACGUUGAGAGCCAGACGGCCGCUAAACUGAAGCAGUACAUGCCGGGUGCCGGAGUACGCUGCGAUUCACAAAGAUGUUACUAUAUGAGCGCGAAAGGCGUUAAAGAGUGGCGAACUGCCGAAUAUUUUUGCCAGAUGGUUGGAUUGGAUCUACUGGAAAUCAACGAUGCAGAUGAGCAAAAGCUUGUCAUGAAAUUUUUGAUCGAUGCCGUUAAGGAAGAUUCAAGACGAUCUUCCCCAAGCAGAGGAUGGUGGAUGGGUAUGCGGUACGACACCAACAAAAAGGCUUUUGUCUUCGCAACUACAGGAAAUCCGAUCCGUUAUACACAUUGGGGAGAAGGUCAGCCUAACGACAUGAGUGGUGGUGAAGACUGCACCGAAUUGUGGGACACCUCGGACUGGAAUGACGUUCGCUGUGUUUUGCCAAAAGAAAACAUGUUUAUCUGUGAAUCGUCGGCUGCGGUCGGAAAGGGGCUUGUUGCCCAGGGUACUAACAUUCAGAAGGAUAACGGUAACCAAUCUGGAGGUCGCCCGAACAAAGUUUCCGGUUCCGCGUCUUCGGAAGGCAGCUCAUAUACGACAUUCUCCAUAGUUAGAGAUAACUAGCUAGUACCCAGUAUAAGUGCGCUAUUAAUUCGUGGUAUUUAUGUAUUUCUGAAUUUCAAAUGAUAUUUGUCACCAGAUCGAGAGCUGCGCAGUUCUUUUGGACAGCUGUCUGAAAGCACAUCGAAGUUAACAAUUAAAUCACACCAAAUAUCAUCCAUAUUAU